GAAAUGUACACGAAACGAUGAUAAGAAGUUAAUACUGUGAUAAAUUUUAAGUGAAUACAAUGUCCAAGUAAAUAAAAAGAGCGUAUAAAUCCAUGUCAUCAGAGUUUCUUCAACAUCUUAUUCAAGGGACGAUGAGUGACUUUCAACCAGCACCCCGGAAAGGAAUACAUGAAGAUAGAACAACGCCAAAGAGGCCAACAGAUAAGCAAGUGAUAAAGAAAAAUCACAGUUUAUCAACUACAAGCCUCAAUUCAACAGUAUCAGGCGAUGAAUGGGAAAAUGAAGAACAAAAUGUGUCUGCACAAGCCGUAAACAACAGCGCAAACUCUCAAAGUAAGAAUAUAACACCUGAACUGGGAAAUAACACAAAUAAUUCAAGUUCAAACAAUAGAAAAUCACAAUCAAGUAUGACAUUCUCUGUUAUUGGACUAAUAUUAGUUGUAUUUGCUGUCGUAAUUGGUGUAAUGUGCACAGAUACCUUAAAAUUGAUAAAUUUACAAGAUGGCCACCAAAUGACACCAAAAAAAUGUACCCUGAGCAAAUUAUUCAAUGAAACUGAACAAUUAGCAAUCAAAUCCGCAGUUUAUGAAAUACAAAAUGGAGAUCUAUCAGUCCUCAUGUUAAUUCAGCAAAAAAACACACAAGUUGAUGUAAACAAUGAACGAAUCGCAUCAAUUCUAGAAUAUUCCACUUGUAAACUGAAUAAUCUCAAUGCUUAUGCCGAGAUCAGUCAGGAAUUAAUGCACACGCCCGAAAUAAUCGAAGAUUACGGCAAAUUGAUCACAAAAUACAAACCAGAACUCGAAAAAAAGCAUGUUUUACUAGUGAAAAACUUAGAAGAGACACCGGCGGAAGUAGCAAUGUUAUUUCACUUCAUUUGUGAUCAAGUCACGCCAGUUGUAGAGAAAUUAUUGAUUAUAUUCACACUGGAGUUUGAUGAAGCAGAUACACAUGAAGGUACAAAGAACUUGAGUGAUUUUAACAUUGUAGAAAAGGUUUUGAAUGCAAAAUGGAAGAAUGGUUUGAAACCGGAUGCUCUGCCGCCAUUAAUAGCGCGAUUAACGAAUGAAGUAAUGCGAAUGGAGUAAUACAUGUGAAAUGCGAUGUUUCGAACAAAUAAUGAACAAAUUUUGAUUGUGAUACAAGAAAAUGUAGAAAUAUUCAAUAAAGUCUGCUGUUACUGAAAGCGAUUGAUGAAUGCCAACCCAACUUGGCGUAAUUCUUUGUCCUGUUGGAGGAAGUCUUGAAUUUGGAGCUGUUUUAGUUUACGCCGGCGUUCCUGGAAAUAUUUUGAGGUUAACCUCGCUAUUUUGACAUUAUACCCGCGGAUAACCUGCAAAAAGUAGUGGGGGUAGAUAAGGAGAUGUGCAAUUACCCCCACCACUGUAUACGGGUUAGAUUUACUUCAAUAUUUAACUUCUUCAAAUAGUGCAUCUCUGAUCGCAUAGUCAUGAAAACAGGAUUCAUUCCUUUAUGUAAUUGAGGAUGUCUGCUCAUGUGCGGACGGUUUGGAUCAAUACCCAUGAUAGUUUUAUCUCUGUAAACAUUCCAAUCAAUUAUUUACCUCCGAAAAUACCUAAUUUUAUAAAUAAACUCACAAACGAAGAAGUAAAUCUUCAUUGGUCGCCAUUUUCGACAUUUGACACUUUUUUGACAGAUACAAAGUACACAUACUAAAAUUCCUUAGAAAACAACAUAGAAAAAGUUGUUUUUGUUGUUUCAAAACAAAACUUAUCACCGUCUCGACUAUCAUUAAUCAUUUCCGUUCAAUUUUUUACUCCUACAAUUGUUUUAUACUGUGAAAAUGAUAGAAAUGAGGGAAUAACAUAUUAUAACCUACAAUUAAACAAUGGAUUUAUCUAAACCAAAUUAAAAUGAUAAAUAUUUUGAUAAAAUGUAUAAAAUCAAUAAAUACUGCAUGCAAACAGUGAUCAUGAGUGUUCGUAGAAAGUUGUUAGUGUUACAGAUGCAACAUUCGUGAUAUAGAUUUGGUUACAACAUGCGGACAUUGAUUUGUGAGAUUUGUGGUCCACAUGAUGAUGAUGUCGCUGAAAGACACGCGGAUUCACUGCAACAUCGAUUGAAUUAUCAUCUGGAGUUGAGAGAAGUGAGCAGGAAGCUGAAAUUGCAUUGUGAUAAGAUUUUUGUACAUCAACAAAUCCAGUUGGCUCAUCUGAGUGGUGUUCAAGUUCAAUAUUUUGAAGAUACAGGAGUUUAUGUUACAAAUUUGCAAUGUGAUAAGUUUGAAGAGUUGCAAAACAAGUUGGAAUUUGAAUUUUUGGUUAGGAAUGACAGACCUGAUCAACAAUGGAUUAUUGUGCAGGCUUUACAUCCACUGGAGAAGUAUUUUUUAACUGAUUUUAAUCCCAUUCCAAAGAGAAGAUUGGAGUUUGUGUUGGAAAAUGGUGAAAAGUGUAAGUUUUUACUUACUUUUGAACAAGACAACUUCACAAUGGGUAAAUACACGCUGCCAAUCGCGAUAACAGUCCAACCAGCAGCAAAUCCAAUUGCCUACAAGGUACUUUAUCGAGAUGUCGAGAUAACAAUCGGUGAUUUCACUGUCGUUGAGGAUACGGAGGAAGCGAGUCCAUUUUGCAAUGAAAAAUGGCCGCUCAACAUGGAAAUACAGGAACCUACUAAUCAACCCAAAUAUCUGGAGAAUUUUCAUAUAAUAUCUGAAUAUUUCCGUGUGUACAUGCAUUGUUUUAAAACUUUCAAAGGAGAAGCCGGUUUGCUUCAACAAUAUCGCCUGGAUACACUUCGUAUGUGGGAGAACGGUGUGAAUAUUUCCAACUACGCUGAAUAUUUCCAUCGUUUGCUGUGGCUUGAAGAAUGCACACAACUAAUGGGAAUCCUUCAGUAUAACAUGACGCGUGUGCGCGUGCGCGUUGUUCGUUCAAAUGUCAUCUUGAAAGUGCCAGGAUUGGCUGAAAAACGCCCGUCUGUGAUGAAGGGAGACUUGGUCCUGCUGCGUCUGUCGAAUGAACGCCGCGCGUAUAAAGGUGUCGUCGAACUGGUGGAAGAUGAACAGUUGACCAUUGAGUAUCUAGCGCCAGAACUCUUAACAAUCCUGAGUAUACUACCAGACACACUUUUUGAUGUCAGUUUUCUACUUUCACGACUGCAACUGGAGCGCAUGCAUAACGGAGUUGAUCUUUGUGUGAAAAAUGGAAUGUUACACACGACGUUAUUCCCAGUACGUCCGUUAAACCGCGUGCAACGUCGUUCUUUGGGACCUGAAGAUUUGUUUAAUCCAAUGAUAGCGUUGAAUCCACAACAAUUAAUCGCUGUCGAAAGUAUCCUCAGCUGUACCUCACAGAAAGCACCGUAUAUUAUCUUUGGCCCGCCUGGAACAGGUAAAACUGUCACUUUGGUCGAGGCGAUUUUACAAAUAAAACGCCAUUAUCCAAACAAAAAUAUUCUGGUAUGCGCGCCAUCAAAUGCCGCAUGUGAUAUGCUUGCGCUCAAGUUAGACGACCAAAUAAAAGGACGUCAGAAGAAGGAUUUGUUCCGUGUGCAUACUUGCAACAGAAACAUCAAUGAUGUUCCGACGGCUGUGAAGUAUUUCAGCAACAUAGACGGCGGGGAAUUCUAUAUGGUGAAGCCCAGUGACUUAAAAUCGUACACAAUCGUCAUUUCCACGCUGCAUUUGAUCGGAAAAUUUUCUGGUAGUUAUGUGCCGGAUAUGUUGUUUAUUGACGAAGCGGCGCAAACUACCGAACCAGAGUGUGAUAUACCCAUUGGUUUGCUUGCUCCCGGCAUGCCGAUUGUCCUUGCUGGUGAUCCGCGUCAAUUGGGCCCUGUUAUCGGUGUGCCAUCCGCUCGGCAUGGCCUGGCGAAGUCUCUACUUGACAGGCUAAUGGAAACAAUCGAGUUGUAUAGUCCUACACGCCAGAGACCUCUGGAAUUCAACAAUGAUUUUAUCACGAUGUUGGUGCACAAUUACAGAUCGCACGCGGACAUCGUAACAGUGCCUAAUAAGUUAUUCUAUGGAGAUUCACUCCAAUUUAAUAUUCAUAACGAUGAAAUUUCCAACAUGUCCAUCGCUGGAUUAGUCCUACAGAGUAAAAACAAGAAGAAAAAGAUGCGUAAAGGUGCAGCAGUGGAGUUUAUUGGUCUGCUGAGUAAAGAACAACGUCAAGGACAUUCGCCGAGUUACUACAACGAGAUUGAAAUUGAUAUGGUGUUGAAACUCAUCGAUCGCAUGUUAAAUUUAACAAAUGUGCGUGUUAUCGGCAGUGAUAUCGGUGUUAUUGCGCCGUAUAUCCGCCAGGUGUGUCAAAUCCGUAAUAAAUUGAACGCGCAAGGCAGGGAUGACAUUCAAGUGGGCACUACUGAAGCGUUUCAGGGCGGCGAACGUCGUAUUAUCAUUAUUUCCACCGUGCGCGCCCAAAGUGAUCUGUUAUUGUACGAUAAAAAGUACGAUUUGGGUUUCGUCAAGCAUGAAAGGAGAUUUAAUGUGGCUAUCACACGUGCGCAGGCGAAAUUAAUUAUUGUUGGCAAUCCGCAUGUGUUAGCAUAUGAUGACAAAUGUUGGGGUGCAAUGAUGGAGCAUUGUAAGCAGUUGGAUAGUUAUUAUGGCGAAGAUGUUCAGAGGGAUGAAACGACACGUUAUAAGAUUAUGCAGCAUUUCCAUGCACGCGAAGAAUGAGUGUGAUUGACGAAACAGAGUAUUUUUGUAUUUACUAAAUUUUAAAUUUUAUCUAAGCGCACAAGUUGUGUGGCGUUUUUAAGGGUUGUGAAACAAAACAAAAUAUAUUUUUAUAUUCGAUAGACAA